AUGCCUCUCGAUCCAAUUCCCUUGAGUCGAUUUUAUCGUCAAAAUCGUAUUCCUAAUUAUGAACCAACUCAUCCAUGGGUUCGUUAUAUUGUUGGAACGGUUGCUGUAGCAUCCAUAUUUGGUAUAGUACUUCUAAUAAUAUCGUUAGCUAUACCAAUAAGUAUGCUUGUCAUUGGUGUUCGUUAUCGUGAUCGAUAUUAUUGUCCAAUUGAACCACGUAUUAGUCAUUUUUUAAUUGUUGCUGGUGCAGUUUCACUUGUAUGGAUUAUUCUCAAUAUUCUUUUAUCAUUAGCAACAAUGUUUCUUGCUUAUACACGUUCAAUAAUUUCAGUUAUUUGUGUUGUUAGUCUUAGUAUAAUUAUAUUUGUUUUACAAAUAUUUUCAAUAAUUUGGUUAAUUGUUGGAAGUGUUUGGACAUUUGGUAUACGAAGUCGUGUUGAAUUUGUAAUUAAUUAUCCAUAUAAUUUUCGUGUAUAUUGUCAUAAAACAUUAUAUGAAUUUACUUUUGCAUAUUUAAUUAUUAUUUAUAUUCUUAUGGCAUUACAAUGUUGUGGACAAUGUUGUGCAACUUUUAUUCGUUCAAAACAACAAAAAUAG